UGGCUUGGUUCAGGGGCGGCUCAUGGGCCGGUUUGCUUUCCUCUGGCUUUCAGCUAGCUCCCUUCCUCACCACCAGCUUCCCAUAAGCCUUACAAAAUAACCCCAAUGGGCCGCUUGUGGCCCAUGGGCCUUAGGUUGCCUACCCCUGGUAUAAGUGGAAGAGGCCUGGAAGUCAGGCCUCCUCCUGCUCCUUCCGCUCUGCCUGCUUGAUGUAGCCCCUGCCCCUCUCCAGCCUACAUAGUAAGGAGGCCCUGCUUAAAGGCUUCUUAGGCCCCAGGUGUGCUUACAUGGGAGUAAAAGGAGGGGAAAGCUGGCAGCCAGGGCAACGGCCCCAGCAAGGAGGGUCCGAGACGUGUGAGCUGGGAAAGGCUUCACACCGUGUGCUUCCCAUCAACAUGAAGUUUCUCUUGGGGCUUUUCCUCUUCUCUGUACAUCUAACUACAGGUGCCUCUUUAGAGUGUGAGAUUUGCAAUGGAGUCAACAACUGCACAAGCGAGAGGGAGAUUUGUCCUGAAGAAUUUGACGCCUGUUCCAGCUCUCUGCUUGAAAACAGUAAAGUUAAGGAUGUAUACAUGGCAAAGGGAUGUGUAAACUCUGAAAUCUGCCUUUUUGGUGUGAUCACUAUGACUGAUGGCAAUGGGAGCCACAUAAGGCAGGUUGCCACCUGUUGCGAAAGAAAUGCCUGCAAUCCAGCCACUCCGAUACUUCCAGAACGGAAAACCAUAGCCAAUGGGAAGAUUUGCCCAGGCUGCUCGUCUAACAAAGGCAACUGUUCUGCAGCGGUCACAGAAUGUAUUGGAUCUGAAACUUACUGUGUUAGUUAUGUCACACUUUCAGAGGAGAAUGUCGUAAUCAGCUCCAGGAAGGGCUGCACUCGUGAAGGCAUCUGCACCCACUUAAAAACAUUUGACGGAGGGAUUUUUCAUGAUGUUAAUCGUGUUAAAAAUGUUCAAUGUACCCCAGCCAUGGCAGCCACCUCUUCUUCUCCUCCUCCUCCUCCUCUCUCCUUUCCCCUCCCAUUCAGAUUCCUUCUCCUGGCUCUCCUGCUGAUGAAGCUUCUUUUGUAAUGAGCUUCUUGCACCAUUUCACCGCUGAAGAAAGAUGCCUCUUGUUUUUGAGUUUCAGAGGGAUUUGCCUUCCUCUAUGUUUUAUUGAGUGAAACAAAUAAAAUAAAAUAAAAUAAAAGUGUGGGGGGGU